CGAUCUGCAAGUUCCUCUACAGUGUGUGGUGGAGCGAAUUGAAUCUUUGAAGCCCAAAAGUAUGGCUGACGCCGAAAUCGAAACCAAGCAACGCAAGUCGGUCGCAUUCAGCGAAGGAUCGGUCAUCAUGGAUACCAACGGUCAAGUCACAGACGCCCCUCCGGCUGAGAAGCCCGCCGACAAGGAAGUCGACGAGGUCACCGACAUGUUCAAGGGUCUCUCAAAAAAGAAGAAGACGAAGAAGUCCAAGACCACCGAGGGUGAGGAUGGCGAGGCCGCCGCCGAGGGCGAGUUCGACCCCUCCACCAUGAAGAAAAAGAAGACCUCCAAGUCCAAGUCCAAGUCCAAGGUCGACCCCGAUGACUUCGAGGCCAAGCUUGCCGAGGCCGGCGUCACAGAGGAACUCGCCGAGGAACAGCCCGAGGAGAUCCCCGAGGGUGACCGUGAGGCCGGUACUGGUAUCUGGCAACACGACGCAACACAAGCCAUCCCCUACUCGCUCCUCAUCUCUCGCUUCUUCUCCCUCAUCGAGAGCCACCACCCCGAUCUCCUGUCCAGCGGCUCCAAGUCCUACAAGAUUCCUCCUCCCCAGUGUCUGCGUGAAGGUAACCGUCGUACCGUCUUCGCCAACAUCGCCGAGAUUUGCAAGCGCAUGAAGCGUUCCGAGGACCACGUCACGCAGUUCCUGUUCGCCGAAUUGGGUACAAGCGGUAGUGUCGACGGUUCCCGCCGUCUCGUCAUUAAGGGUCGAUUCCAACAGAAGGGUAUCGAGUCUGUUCUCCGUCGUUACAUUGUCGAAUACGUUACCUGCAAGACCUGCCGCAGCCCCGAUACCGAGCUCAGCAAGGGUGAGAACCGUCUUUACUUCGUCACUUGCAACUCCUGUGGAUCUCGCCGCUCCGUCGCCGCCAUCAAGGCCGGUUUCCGUUCCCAGAUCGGCCGCAGAAAGCGUGUGGGUUAAACGACCCAUGGAGCUUUCUGAAAUUUCGCGGAGGAAGAAUUUGUUAUUAUCUAUUCUUUAUGCGUGUCACUUAUUAG